AUGGGGUACGAUGUGAGAAGAGUGUUGGUAGAUCAGGGAAGUGCUGUCGAGAUAAUGUACCCCGACGUGUACAAGGGGUUGAAUUUGAAACCCGAGAACUUGACAGUGUAUGAUUCCCCACUAGUAAGUUUCGAGGGGAAGACAGUUACUCCAAGAGAUCAGAUUAAACUGUCAAUACAGACCGGUUCGGAUGUGGUGGAAGUGGACUUCAUUGUGGUGGAUGCUUAUUCACCUUAUACGGCUAUUAUGGCCAGACCUUGGUUUCAUGAUUUAGAAGCCGUUUCUUCUACCCUCCAUCAGAAGGUGAAAUAUCCGUCCAACGGCCAAGUUAAAGAGAUUGUAGGGAAUCAAUCCAUGGCUAGACAGUGCAUGGUGACUGCCAUCUUGCAUAGGCCCAAUACAGGGUCCUCGGCCUCUACUAAAAAGAACUCAUAG